CAGGGCAAGUCACAAAGAACUAUGUAAAAGGCGGGGCGAGGAAUCAGCUUCCCCUGACAGUACACAGGGAGAAGGGACUGCUGCAAGUACUGUUUUAUUUUAAUGUGGACGUACAUAUGCAUAUCCAGUAAUCUUCCAUAUUUGCAGACGAGCUCAACUGACAGAAGCAGGAAGCGAAGACAAUGGCCUUUAGUAUAACCUUUGCUUGAUCUCCUGAUGGUGGGUUACAGUUCCUGAUCUUGAACAAAACUCCUGACCUCGAUGUUACAGCCCAGAUGGAACGUGCAGAGAUCCUGUUGGCUCGAAUAAACACUUCCUUACUGGAUGAAAAUCUGCAAGACCUCUUCUGUCUCCUUCAAGAUGAAUACCAUAGAUCAUGGCCUAAUCUUACCCUAGCUUUGUGUCAAUAAAUGUAUCACUGGACUGUGCCUACAAUCAGCAUCAUUUUAAUUUUCAGCUAUGCUAUUCCUGGGUGGUGUAACGGAAUCCGGAGGCGAUGGAUGGCAAUUGGAGACGAUCUGAAACAUGUCUAUGAUAUUCUUCAGAAAAGUAAAUACUGGAACUAUCAUAAAGGAUUAAAGCUUUACACUGCUAGUGCAUCCCGUGCUGAUACAUGUAGAAAAUCAAUUCUGCAUUGCUAUGUUCAGGAACUUAAAGCAGUUGUAGAAGAAGUUACUCUAAUAGGAGAUGAGGAUGCAGCCGAGGAGAUAACUCAAAAAAUCUAUAAUAUUGAAACCAAUGGGAAUAUUACUUUUAUGGAGGAAGAUAGCUGCAAAACUUGUGAAGAGUAUGAAGAAAAGGAUUUGGAAGAGUUUAUAAAAGGCUUUGAAACGCUUACUCAACAAAUGCUCUCUCUAUUGCUGCGUACACACGAUAGGUCCAAAAAAACAGCAACCAUGAUGACUUGACCAAGGAAAUGGAGAGCAUAUGAUAUAGAAGUAUACCAAUUUAGCAGUCCAGUUUAUCCUUGCAAUUGUCAGCAGAAAAUGCAAUCCAUCCAAUCCAGGCACAAAUGAGUAUGACUGACUUUGAUAAUGACCGCUCGCAAAACUACUCAAUAAUGAUAGAUGACAUGUUCUAACAUAGGAAGGUGUUAUGACAUAACAAACAUGCUCUGAUACAUUGAUGUAGAAUUGCAUACACGGUCACUGCAUUUUAAUACCUAAAGAUGUAUGAUAUUUGUAUUUAUUUAUUUUGCAAAUACACACUGUAUAAAAUAAACACAGAUAAUUUUA